AAACAGUACCAUUCUCCCCGCUCGCAAAGAAGGGAUGUAUUACGUAAACUAAUGUAUAUAUGCUCUGUCCGUCUGUCUGUGAGGCAUACCUACUUCUAAGUUUUCAUUGAACACACACAAUCAUUCCAGCAACAGGCAUAAUGUACGCGAAACUCGCUCUCGUAUCCCUUGUGAUUGCCGCCGUCGUGUCGUCCCCCGUGCCCGGUGGCCAUCACCACAAACACGUAACCAUCCACGUCCCAUACAAGGUCCAUACGAUCCACCACCACCACGUCUCCAAAGUCCACGUGCCGGUCGUCAAGGAGGUGCCCGUGAUCAAGGAAGUCCCCGUCUACAAGGAGGUUCACGUGCCCGUGGUGAAGCACGUGCCUUACCCGGUGGAGAAGAAAGUGGUGGUGGAGAAAAUUGUGCACGUACCCGUACAUCACCAUGAGGAGCACAAGUGGGAGGAGUCCAAGGGAUGGGAGAGCGAGUCGCUGUCACAUGGCUGGAACUGAUUGAGUAGCCAGUGUAUUAGUAGAAAUAGGUAUAAAUAAAAAUGCGAAGAGAUUAUAUGAGAAACUGCAAACUUGGUGAAAUAAGUAUCAAGAAAAAGAAGAUUCAGAGAACUGUGCAAGCAAAUGUAAACCUUAUUUGAAAGCGCGAAGGGAAUUUAAUUUCAGUACCAUUUCGAACCUUGUCACAGUUGUAGUGUUUGUGUUAUUGAGCUAUGGUGCGGGUGACGUAGUCUCGGGUUCACGGGUGGUGGGGCGACAGUCACGUGAGAGCCGUUGGUGAGAGCGGACGUGUCAAUCCCAGCUACUGGUGACGUAACGAGCCGUAUACUUGUUCCCCAUGUGGCGACGAGGAUGGGACAAUCGUAAGAGGUCCGUACCGACUUUCAUGUUGUUUGCCAGUGUGACAAGGUACAAAAGGUACGGAAAUUUAGUUCUUUGAUUACUUAUACAGCUUUCGCACAGCGUUUUUUGGCACUAUGAUCGCAACUCAAGUCUUAAUACGCCUUUUAAUUGGUGUGGAAAGGGUUAAUUUGUUCAACUGCAACUUGCGUGCAAACUGUGCUAUAGAAGUUGCAGUUUAAAUGCAGUUCGUCUCUGCAAUUUUUUCGGUAGUGCCGUACAUUGAACAAACCCCCUAGUUGACUGAUUCUGUGUUCCAAAACCUCCCUGGUAACGGGAAUACACUUUUUUCUUAGUCACCCUGUAUACCGCCAUAGAACUGUCAAAUUUGUAAAUAAAAUAUUAAGAAACCUUUGUUAACGGCAACGGUUGAAAUAGUGUGAGGCCGGAGUGGACGCUCGAGUUGGGCAUGCAGCGUAGCGUGCGGCGUACAUUUUAAACAAAUGCAAACGUAUAGGAGCGGCCUUAGUGCACGCUGCUCACAUCACUCGUGAGCCCGACGCCACGCUGCACGCCCCGCCGAACGAUCCGCUUCGAGCGUCCACUCAGGCUUUACACUUAGUUAUGUUUUUUUUAAAGGACUCUAUAGUGAAAUGACGCUAUGAAGACAAGCUAAGACCUGUCGUUUAACAGAUAGCCUUAGUGUCAUAUAUAUAAGGGUCAAUUCAUAACUGUCAGGAUUUCUUAGGUGCGUUUCACUAUAAAACGAGGAAUUUCGUACAUUGACACGCCUGUUUCGAUCUCUAUCGGACACGCGUAAUUAUAUUGCGCUCUCGCCCUUGUUGCCGGCAGUUAAUGGCACUGUGCGAGCGGGACAGCAAUAUAAUUAUGUACAUGCAAGAGAGAUAGGAACAAGUGUGUCAACGUACGAUAUUCCUUGUUGUAAGCGUCCUUUCUUAAGUAUUCUUUGUCUAAAGUUAGCAGUUAAUGUAUAACUUAGUGUACACACCAACUUAAAAUUAUUUACACAUUUUUACCUCGAAAUAGAUGUAAAUGUGUAUAAAUGUUUAUGAACAGUGGCAUACAAAACCGAAAAAUGUUGUAUGGAGGCUUAUUCAGGUUUUUUCAAAUAUGGUAUGGUUUUGAGAUUAGUCUAUGCGUAUUUCUCAAAGUGCGAGCGGGAUGCAUUGAGAAUAUCAAUCCAAUAUCAUAUUUAUUAAAUCUUAUUGAGCCUCCUACUGAUAUAGAAUUGAUAUUUUUUUUAUUACGCCAAGUAUGUAUGUGUCAGUUACCAUUACUACCUACAGUUAUAAUUUGUUAUAUUGUUUAGUUUUAAGAGCCAAAGAAAUAAAAGGAGUUUUUAUACAA